GGUAUACAGUACAUGUCACCACUACCAUCGUUAUAAUCAUCUAUGUAAUUAUUUAAAUUUAUGGAUCGUUUCCGUUGGUGUUCAGAUGAUGUUGAAAAUUACGGGUCAACAAGCAUAUUAGAUAGCAUCAAUGAAGAGACAAUUGUACUACAACAGACAGGUGUACGCCUCUAUGAUGGACCGAAUCGAAGCGCUUUCGAUUGUGGUGUUGUCAAAUUGACAACGCAUCGUCUGCUUUGGUUUGAUCCAUUACAACCGGAUAGUCAAUCAUUUAUAGCGCUACCGUUGGCUGCUAUUAUCUCAGUGAAACUUGAAGAAGGCGGUGGUCUUACGAUAAAUCGUACACCUAAGCUUAUACUACGCUUGAUCAGUGUACCCGCGCUACAGAAUGCUUUAACCAGUUUGUCGAAUCCACCUAAAUGGAUUGAACACUGGUGUGAUAAUGUUGGUGGGAGUACUGGCGGUGAAAAUGCUGCGGUCAACUAUACAACGGCGGCUGCUGUAGUGAGUUAUUCAAAAGAAGAUCAUGUUAAAUUAGGCUUUCCUAGAGCUGGACAUCAUGAAUUUCUUCGAUCGUUAAAUGAAGUGUUAAAGGUAAAAUUAUGGGCAGUUUCUCUUCAUUCGGAUUCUAAAUCUACGGCUAAAUCAUUCGGUACAGGAGGGAUUGGAGCAAUUCAACGCCAGCAGGCUGCACGUGCUGUUGAAGCCGAUUAUAGUAUUGCUGAAACAUUCGAGGACUUGAAUCGUCUUAUGGCAAAUGCAAGUGAAAUGGUCAAGUUAAGUCGUGUAUUGGCUAGAAAGAUUCGAAACUCUAAGAGUAAUGAAUUCUCAGCAAAUGAGAUAGCUGAAUUACGCUCAACCAUGCUGGCAAUGGGUGUUGUAGACAAUGAAAGUGGUGUUGUCAGUGACGAGAAAGCAGCAACAGCAUCAUCAGCAUCAGUAUCCUCGUCAACUUCAGCAUCGAGCAGUACAACUAAAUUUUAUGUUCAGUUAGCUCAACAAUUAUCAAAUUUACUGCAUCCAUUAUUAAAAGAACAGGGGUGUAUGGACUUGGCCACUGCAUAUUGCCGCAUAAAUCGUGCACGUGGAAUGGAUUUAAUAUCACCGGAUGAUCUACUUCGGGCUUGUCGACAAUUAGAGAAAGAAAGUCUACCGAUACGAUUGAAGUGUUAUGCGAAUGGACUUUUAGUUCUCCAAUUAGCUUCAGAGGAUGAAGCUGAAACGUUGAAAUCCACUGCAGAAUUAGUUGAAGAACGUGUCAGCUUGACAGCAGAUGAACUAGCGCGUGCCUCAAAUCUUUCACCAUUUCUAGCUAAAGCAAGACUAUUAGCUGUUGAAGAAGCUGGUCUUAUCUGUCGAGAUGAUAGUGAAGCUGGCCUACGUUUCUAUCCAAAUUAUUUUCUAACACGUCAGGAUUAAUCGGUAUUUGUAUUUUUCACCUUCUUUCUUUCUUUCUCUGAUUUCACAGAUAAUAAAUAUAUGAGUUGUGAAUAGCCUUUCA